UCUCGAUAUCUUGACAUGGAUUGUUACAAAGGAAUAAGCUAUAUGUCUUUCAAAAAAUCCUGUGAUAAGGAAGCUAUUCUAAUAAGUUGCGAUCAAAUAGCUCAUCUUGAAGGAGAGAUCAUGGUGGCGGAGGAAGAAAAUAUUCGUGUUAGCUCCAAAGCAGAACUGAAAAGAAGGGAGAAGCAGAAGAAGAAAGCCAAGUCUGGGGGAUUCGAAUCUCUGGGCCUAAGUCCUAAUGUCUUCCGAGGCAUCAAACGCAAGGGUUAUAGGGUCCCCACGCCCAUACAGCGGAAGACCAUGCCACUCAUACUCGCCGGUGCAGACGUUGUUGCUAUGGCCAGGACUGGCUCUGGUAAAACUGCAGCUUUCCUUGUACCGAUGCUCGAGCGGUUAAAGCAGCAUGUCCCUCAAGGUGGGGUUAGGGCUCUCAUUCUUUCUCCCACUAGAGACUUGGCUCUUCAGACUUUGAAGUUCACCAAAGAGCUUGGUCGAUUUACAGAUCUUCGUAUUAGUUUAUUGGUUGGCGGUGACAGCAUGGAAAGCCAGUUUGAAGAAUUAGCACAGAAUCCUGAUAUCAUUAUUGCAACUCCUGGUAGGCUCAUGCAUCAUUUGUCUGAGGUUGAUGAUAUGUCAUUGCGUAUUGUGGAAUACGUGGUGUUCGAUGAAGCUGACUCCCUCUUUGGCAUGGGCUUUGCUGAGCAGUUGCAUAAAAUCCUUGGACAGCUGAGUGAAACCCGUCAGACAUUGCUUUUCAGUGCAACAUUACCUAGCGCUCUUGCUGAGUUUGCCAAAGCGGGAUUGCGAGAUCCUCAACUUGUACGGCUUGAUUUGGAGACAAGAAUUAGCCCUGACCUGAAGCUUGCCUUUUUUACUUUACGGCAGGAAGAAAAAGUGGCUGCACUCUUGUAUUUGAUUAGGGAACAUAUCAGUUCUGAUCAGCAGACUUUGAUUUUUGUUUCUACAAAGCAUCAUGUGGAGUUUCUGAAUAUUCUUUUUAGAGAAGAGGGUAUUGAGCCUUCUGUAUGUUAUGGUGAUAUGGAUCAAGAUGCUCGAAAGAUUCAUAUAUCAAAGUUUAGGGCAAGAAAGACAAUGUUUCUAAUUGUGACAGAUGUUGCAGCCAGAGGUAUUGAUAUCCCGUUGCUUGAUAAUGUUAUCAACUGGGACUUUUCUUCAAAACCUAAACUUUUUGUCCAUAGAGUGGGGCGGGCUGCUCGAGCAGGUCGGACUGGGAUGGCGUUCUCUUUUGUCACAUCAGAAGAUUUGCCUUACCUUUUAGAUCUUCAUCUCUUCCUCUCGAAGCCAGUUAGACCUGCUCCUACUGAGGAGGAGGUUCUUCAAGACAUGGAUAGAGUAUUAUCCAAAAUUGACCAAGCAGUUGCGAAUGGUGAAACAGUUUUUGGGCGUUUUCCCCAGACAGUUAUAGAUCUUGUUUCGGAUAGAGUUCGGGAAGUUAUUGAUUCAUGCACAGAACUGGUUACUUUGCAAAAAGCUUGUAAUAAUGCAUUUCGCUUAUAUUCAAAGACAAAGCCUUUACCCUCAAAGGAGUCCAUUAGAAGAGCGAAGGUUCUGCCUCGUGAAGGACUGCAUCCAAUUUUUAAAAAUGUUUUAGGAGGCAGUGAGUUGACAGCGCUGGCCUUCUCUGAACGCUUGAAAACUUUCAGACCAAAGCAGACCAUUUUGGAAGCAGAAGGUGAAGCUGCUAAAUCGAAGCACCUACAAGGUCCUGCCAGCCAAUGGGUUGAUGUCAUGAAGAAGAAAAGAUCUGUUCAUGAAGGGAUCAUCAACUUGGUUCAUCACCAACGCUCUAUCAAUCAGGCAUCAAAGGAAGGUCAAUCUGAAAGCUCUUUUUCAGUGGAGGAGGAGAGAACAGUUUCAAAGGACAAGAAGAUAAAAGAAGAUCGGGGUUCUAAAAGAAAGGCAAAGAGCUUUAAAGAUGAGGAGUACUUCAUUAGUUCUGUACCUACAAAUCAACAUUUGGAGGCGGGACUUUCAGUACGAUCUAACCAGGGCUUUGGAUCAAGCAGGUUGGAAUCUGCUGUCCUUGAUUUAGUUGCAGAUGAUGAUAGUGGAAUGCAGAAACAAAAAUCUGUGUAUCAUUGGGAUAAGAGGGGUAAAAAGUACAUCAAGUUAAACAAUGGUGAACGUGUGACAGCCAGUGGAAAGAUAAAGACCGAGGGCGGCUCUAAAGUGACAGCCACCAAGACAGGUAUAUACAAGAAGUGGAAAGAAAGGUCACACAAGAAGAUAUCUCUCAAAGGAAUGAGUACUGAAGCUGGUUCUGGAGAUGCUACUGGUUCAACAGGGGACCAUCGAAUGCAAGGAUAUAACAGAAAGUUCAAAGGUGGGAAGAAGCAUCAUUCAUUGCCAAAUGCUCAUGUCCGCUCAGAAUUAAAAAAUCCUGAACAAAUUCGAAAAGUAAGGCAAAUGAAUGCAAGCAGAAUGUCUCAUGCCAAGAACAAAUCUGCAAAGGGGAAGAAGUUUGGAAAAAACGCAAAAAGAGGAAAAGCGAAAUGAGAAAACUGUAGGCAAAUAUCUAUAGAGCCG